CAUUCAUUCAAUGUGCGUCAUUUCCGUUGUCAGGUGGUGCUAUGGAAAGAUGUGAUCAGAGCCGUCGAUAGAAGGCUUUUCCUGGCUGCACUAUUCCGUAGUAAAACAACUUCAAAUUUGCGGAGUACCCAGGCUUUUGUUUUGAAAACAUUCGUCUAUAUUGAAUCUGAAGAGUUUGUGAGUGUAAAAAUGCUCCGGUUGUAGAGCACGUACGAUUUUCUCGGCGGUUUUACCUCGAGUUCCACGAUGUCCAAGCGCCGUGCUUCAGAGAGGGGAGCAGGGGAAUCGUCCGGGCGGGCCAGCAAGCUACUGUGCACGGGCAUAUCAGGCAGUAACGCCAAGAGAGCCGGCCCGUUUGUCCUGGGACCGCGACUGGGGAACUCGCCUGUUCCCAGCAUAGUCCAGUGUUUGGCCAGGAAGGACGGAACAGAUGACUUCUAUCAACUCAAAAUCCUGACGCUGGAGGAGCGUGUGGAUGGGGCAGGAGAGACACAGGAGGAGCGGCAGGGCAAGAUGCUGCUGCACACUGAAUACUCGCUGCUGUCCCUGCUGCACAACCAGGAUGGAGUGGUGCACCAUCACGGCCUAUUUCAGGACCGGGCGUACGAGAUGGUGGAGGAUGGAGGCGAGGCCAGCCGCGUGCGGCGCAUGAAGAAGCGCAUCUGCCUGGUGCUAGACUGCCUGUGCGCGCACGACUUCAGCGACAAGACGGCCGAGCUCAUCAACCUACAGCACUAUGUCAUCAAGGAGAAGCGGCUGAGCGAGCGCGAGGCCAUCGUCAUCUUCUACGACGUGGUGCGCGUGGUGGAGGCCCUGCACAAGAAGAACAUCGUGCAUCGUGACCUGAAGCUGGGCAACAUGGUGCUGAACAAGAGGACUCAUCGGAUCACCAUCACCAACUUUUGUCUGGGAAAGCAUCUGGUGAGCGAGGAGGACCUGUUGAAGGAUCAAAGAGGCAGCCCUGCUUACAUCAGCCCUGAUGUGCUGAGUGGCCGGCCGUACCGCGGGAAGCCCAGUGACAUGUGGGCCCUGGGCGUAGUGCUGUUCACCAUGCUGUAUGGCCAGUUCCCCUUCUACGACAGCAUACCUCAGGAGCUCUUCCGCAAGAUCAAGGCUGCAGAGUACUCUAUUCCAGAGGACGGCCGCGUGUCUGAGAGUACGGUGUGUCUGAUCCGUAAGCUGCUGGUGCUGGACCCCCAGCAGAGGCUGACGGCGCCCGAGGUGCUGGAGUCGCUCAGCACCAUCAUCGCCUCCUGGCAAUCGGUGUCUGCGCUGAGUGGUCCUCUGCAGGUGGUGCCGGAUAUCGACGACCAGGUGAACCACCCGGAGCAUCUGCAGGAGGCAAAGGUGACGGAGGAGUCGUCGCAGUACGAGUUUGAGAACUACAUGCGGCAGCAGCUGCUGCUGGCCGAGGAGAAGAACACUAUCCACGAGGCCAAGAGCUUCCUGAGCCAGCGGCAGUUUGGCAGCGUGCCGCCCGUGCGACGCCUGGGCCAGGACGCCCAGCCCGUCAGUCCCCUGGACGCUGCCCUGCUGGCCCAGCGCUACCUGCGCAAGUAGCCCCUGCCACACAGCCCCUGCCCCUGCCCCACCCUCUCCAACUCCUCUCCUCUCCUGGUCUGCUCUCCGGGGAAGAUGGAGGAGGUGGGGAACCGGGCGGGAGGGUUGGGUUUGGAUUGGUGAAUAGGUUGGGUUUGGCGGCCAGGGGGCUCCGGAGAACUACACAUGCCAUUGGCUUUCAAAAGCAGCCCUUGCCCUGAGAGAAGGUGGGGAGAGCGAGAGGGAAGAGAUCCAGCGUGGCUUGCGGUGUUAAGAGGAGGGAUGAGAGGAGGGAAGGGACUUCUGGAAAAAGAUCCCUCCCCACGACAGCCGGCACGUUCUCCCGACUCCACAGCUUCAGCAUCUCUCUUCUCCAUGUGCUUUACUGAGGAAGCAGGUCUGUGGUCUGUCCUCAGUUCUAGGCUGGAGUUCAGUUCAUGGAUGGCUACCAAGCCCACCCCACCCCACCUUACUCUCGAUCUGUGAACUCUUUCAGCAAUACAAGAAUGGAAUCAUGUAGCAGCCCUCCCACCCUCAUCUUCCGCCUUGCCCCCUCCCCCCCAGCACUUUUCCACAGAAUCGCCUCGGACCCUGAGUUCACUUGACCAUGGACGUGACACCUUCUCACUAGACUUCACACACACACACACUCACACUCUGUCCUCUCUCUCUCUCUCUCUCUCUCUCUAACCAAAACCAGUUGGCCUGUGUCGGCCGGUCCGGUCUGUGUCCGUGACGACCGACACUGGUCCUCUCCUCAUCUGCACACACUCGGACUGUUCCGACCCGUAUCUACAACGGUGAAUCUACCUCUAGCAUCUUCGUUGUCUUUUCUGUUUUGUCUUGUUGUGUUAAGUAUUUAGUGCUCAGUGAGUCAGCUGUGGAGAUGGCUCAAGCACAGGAAAAGAGCAUUAUUAUCAUUAUUGGUGCGUAAUUGUUGUCAAAAAGAAAUGACAGCCUUUUGAAUAAGCUCUCCUUCCCCUCUUCUGAUAAAGUAGCAGUUUGUGUAGAUCUCUUUGAUUUGAGAAUGGUUAAAGACCGUUUGGGUGGUUAAGUCCAAAUUGAUAGUGCAUGGCAGGAAUGUCCUAACCCAUUCUCAAACACUCCUAGACUCGGAAAAGGAAGUUCAGACGUUUGGAGGUGUAAAUUUGGCAGUGUUUCUCAGGCCGCCUUGUGUCUUCUGAAAAUCCUGAGUCAUGUAUUUUGAAUAUAUGGAAAAAAAAAUGUUUUUUAAUGGGAGCAUAAAAUGGACAAAGAAAAAAAACAAUGAAUAACUGAAUGUGAUUAUUUGCCAGAUAAGGUAUACUAUCCCCCAAAAACAAACAUAACCACUCUUUUGCCCUUUUUUUUACUUUAAAAAGGUUUAUGUGGAGGGCAAACCUGCCACUCGUUGCCACAGAUGCCAAAAGUGGCUUUAGUGCUGUCUGUGGCACGUGAUUUGGCUCUCUUUAAGCUUCUUGCAUCUCAAUCAUGUAUCUUGUAACUUACCAUACAUUUUCAGACUCCUGUCCAGAAGAAUAUUUGAGACUAUUCCUUGUGGACGUAGAUUACUGGAGUAACCUAAGUACCGCAGUAAAGCCGUAAGAGGGUUCUGAAAAAGCUGUCCUCCCAGCAGUCUUACUCAAUGCUCAAUGCUCUAGGGUGGAGGAGCUUGUGACAGCUGGGUUUACCCAGACCCAGGCCAGCCGUUGUUUUCCACACUGCAGUCGCUGCAGUAUAGUGCGUCUUCAUGUACCAUCAGCAACUGAAGAUCUCUGUCUCUGUCUGUCUGUCUGUCUGUCUGUGUGUGUGUGUGUGUGUGUGUGUGUGUGUGUCCACCCCUCCGAGCUGGUGCCACUGGGCUUGAGUGUUAUCCUGCAGUACUGUAGCUAAGGUUCCCGAACGCCUUUUUUGUUUGUUUAUUUUCUGUUUCUUGCAUUAGCCCGAGUUCCUGACAGAGUAACCUGUCAACUAACAGCCUAAGUAUAAGUAUAAGUGUUUGCUUUGUUUCUUUUGAUUUCCUCCGUGCUGUUCAAUAUCCUGCUUUAUUUAUUCCACCAUGUAUGAUGUAGUUAUCUUUUUUCCUCUCUCCUCAAGGCAAUGCAAUGUUUCUCGCAUCUAGAUUUGUCACCAUUUUUUUUCUUGUUAUUAUUGUUAUGUAAACCAUUGCUGUGAUCUUUCUGUAUCGGUUUUUAGCUAUCUUCAGUGAAGGUUUUUUUUUUUUUUUUUGUUUGUUUGUUUUUAUUUUUGUUUUUAAUGGGUGGGAUGGGCGUGGGGAUGUCUGAAAUAAUUGUUGCCACAUGUUCCUGAUUAAGCUACACUAAUAACGAGACUGACUGUGCAUAGCUCUAUUUUUAAGUAAGUUUAAAGAAAAAAAAAAAAAAAAAAAAAAAAGAAUCGCACAUGUAGAUUUGAUUUAUAGCCGUGAUUUUUAAAUAUGUUGACAGUGCAAGAUCCAUGCAGUGCUACACACCUCCAGGCCAGUGUGUCAAGCCCCCAUCUCAUUGGCUUCGACAUGCGUGUAGAGCUUCAACAACUGUGUGAGUCCAGUGAGCUACCACCCUGCAGACCAAUGCCAACGUUAUUUUUGUCCACUUGCGAAAGAAGAUUGAUUUCGUCGUGUCACCACCAUAAGGCAAUGAGGAGGGAAAGAAAAGCAUUAGUUUUGUCUCCCACAUCAAUGUGAAUUCUUUUGACGUGAAAAGCCGUGUUGUCGCGUGCUAGAUAGUGUCAGUGAAACCAUUAGAGAAGGCAUCCGUGACCAACCACCAAGGCUCUUCGCUGGAUUAGCUGGUAACUCGCCACACUUGUCCCCAAUCGCUUUUUAAAGUGAGUGAGUGUGCAGUGAACAUCAUAGCUGUCUCUCAUAUAGACUCAAUCUGUAGGUUUCCUGGGUAAAAAAAAAAAACAUCAGUGGUGUUUUUUUUAAGUGUGUUGCCUGUUCUUGUAGCCGCGUAGAAAGACGUGUCCACGACAAAAAUCACUGUCUGAGAUGAGCUGAAAUGUUCUCUUUGCUUGUAGCUGGUUUUCAUGUGGUUGUUAAUGGGAGUCCCGACUUCAGAACCGAUUUGAUGCAUGAUAAGUGUAAAAAUGUUUGUGGAGCUACAUGUAGAAGAUGUGCAUGAUGGGUUUUUGAAAGGUUUGCCACACAACCAUGACAUUAGAAUGAGGCCAGAAAUUUAAAAAGGUAAUUGUUUUCAAAUUAAUUAUGGGUCAAGUAGAUAAUAGCACUAUGAGGACAAAGUCCACAAGAACCAUACUGUGAGUGAAUAUUCUUUGUUUUUCAUGUGGUAGAACCUAAUAUCUAAUUUGCGUAAUACUAAAACUGGAAAUAGAUAUUGUCAUUGGUGGAAAUGUGGUGGAAAUUGGUCUAAAAUCUGCAAGUUUGGUGUUGUAAGCUGCUUGGUUGGUUGGGUAUCUAUCUAAAAGACAAACUGGGUAAUUGUACAGAGAUGAAAACAAAUUUGUAUAAAAGACAAAUUAUUUAGAUAUUUUUGUACUUCAUCAGAUCUCUACAUGCAUGUCAGCAAUAAACUUUGAUAUGGAA